ACUCUAUAGUAACAGACCUUCAUGUGCUUUUGACGGACCUUCUUGUGCUGACGGGAACAAAAAUGGCGCUCACCAAAAUGGCAAGGAGCAAUCAGUUUGUGCUUCCUCCCCACAAUUACAAAUUAUGCUUCUCCACCACCCCUUGGUACAAGCCUCCUCCUCCUCCUCCUCGCCGCCGUGAACAUGACAAAGAGGAACCGUUACUCUCCCUCAUCUCCGACGCCAUCACCACCAGCAGUACAAACCCUCUCCCUCUCAGGAAGCUCCUCCCUUCCCUCACCGCCCGUGACGUCAUCAACCUCAUCAACCUCAACCCCGACUCCCUCCCUCCCCACUCUCUCCUCUCCUUCUUCCACUGGCUCUCUUCCCGCCCGACCUUUCGCCACACCCUCCAAUCCUACCUCACCAUGGCCCACUUCCUCUCCUCCUCCCACCAAAUGUUCCCCCAGGCCCUCUCCCUCGUACGACUCGUCGUUUCCCGCAAGGGCAAGGGCUCCGCCGCCUCCGUCUUCGCUUCCCUUCUCCAAACCAGAGGUACCCAUCUCCACUCCGAUUAUGUCUUUCAUGCUUUGAUCAAUGCCUACACGGAUUCUGGGUUCCUGGGGGAUGCCGUGCAGUGCUUUAGGUUGCUUAGGAAGCACGGUUUUCGGAUACCCUUUCAGGCUUGUGGUCAUUUGCUUGAUAAAAUGUUCAUGUUCAACACCCCUGUUGUCGCUUGGGGCUUUCUUUUGGAGAUUUUGGAUUCUGGGUUUCCACCCAACGUGUAUAGUUUCAAUGUUUUGAUGCAUAAAAUGUGCAAGCAAGGUCAUAUCAGAGAGGCCCAGGCGGUGUUCGAUGAAAUUGGGAACAGGGGUUUGAACCCAACUGUAGUUAGUUUUAAUACCUUGAUUAAUGGCUAUUGUAAAUCUGGCAAUCUAGAGGAGGGUUUUAAGUUGAAGGCGGAUAUGGAGGGGAGAACAAUGUGUCCUGAUUUGUUUACUUACAGUGUUUUAAUAAAUGGGUUGUGUAAGGAAGGCAGGUUGGAUGAUGCAAAUGGGUUGUUUGAUGAAAUGUGUGUCAAGGGUUUGGUUCCGAAUGACGUCAUAUUCACGACUUUGAUUGAUGGGCAGUGUAAGAAUGGGAAUCUUGAUCUGGCACUGGAAAUGUAUCAGAAAAUGUUAGGAAGAGGUAUCAAACCAGAUAUAGUUACAUACAAUACACUCAUAAAUGGCCUUUGCAAGGUUGGAGAUAUGAAAGAAGCUAGGAAGCUUGUCGAAGAGAUGAAUACGAGAGGUUUCAAGCCUGACAAGAUCACUUACACUACACUAAUUGAUGGAUGCUGCAAAGAAGGAGAGUUAGAAUCAGCCAUAGAGAUAAGGAAAGAGAUGAUUAAAGAAGAGAUUGCACUCGACAAUGUAGCUUUCACAGCCCUUAUUUCAGGAUUUUGCAAAGAGGGAAGAAUCAUCGAGGCAGAAAAAAUGUUGAGGGAGAUGUUGAAGGCCGGCAUGAAACCUGACGAUGCCACUUAUACAAUGCUCAUUGAUGGUUUUUGCAAAAAGGGUGAUGUUAAUAUUGGUUUUAAGUUGCUUAAGGAAAUGCAGGGUGGUGGUCGUGUACCAAGUGUUGUGACCUAUAAUGUGCUUAUGAAUGGAUUAUGCAAGCAAGGACAGAUGAAAAAUGCAAAUAUGCUGUUGAAUGCUAUGAUUAACGUGGGGGUGGUGCCCGAUGAUAUUACAUACAACACUCUAUUAGAAGGACAUUGCAAGCAUGGAAACCCAGAUGACUUUGAGAAGCUAUGGAAUGAGAAAGGACUUGUUCUUGAUUAUGCUUCGUAUAAUUCUCUAGUCAGUGAAUUAAAUAAGUCUUUAAAAAAGCGUCCGAAGAGAUGAUUGCAUCAAGUUGUUAGAAGUUAGCAAUUUCCUCAAAUAAAAGGGGGUUCAUUUGCUGACCGGAAAGUUUGGUUCAUCAAUUACUUAGAAUCACCAAAGAAACAAGUGACUAGAGAGAAGUCAUUCAUCACUUAGCACUUUCCCUUCCCCAGAGGAGCAGACCACUCGAAUAUUCAAAAGCCAUUGGUAAUAUGAGCAUCAUGUUCUUUUUCUAUUGAAGUUGAUUUAUCAUGAUAGAUCAAGUGAAGUAGAAUAUCCUUGGGCUCUAGCAUCAAGUCUCAAAAAGGAUGUUGCAAUGCAGGUGCUGGCUAGAGGUGCCAAUAAGUGAUUCCUUGAUCAUUUAUCAUCUAGUCCGAUUUCGGACCCUCUGAGCAGUCUGAUAUGGGAAGCAAGCACAUUGACUUUGCAUGGAUUUGAUUGAACCCUGUGCUGUACAAAUAAUCAGAUUGUGGAACCUUGUACCUGUGCUGCGCUUUUGUUCAGUUGAAGCUGUUGACCUCAUAGUGCAUUAGUCCCCAGAAAAUUAUGUGUUACUUAUAUAUAUGUCAAGGUAUGACAUUCUUUGUACAUAAGUUCCUUUAUAUGUCCAUUUGGUUUCUGAUCUUAAUAUUGUUCAUUCUUUGUGAAAAUGAGAUACUGUAGUCUUUUAUCAUC